UGCUUUAAUUAGUUCUUUUAUUCUGUUUUUUUUUUUUUUCCCCUUUAAGUGCCUAGUGGAGGGGUUAAAAUAGCCCUAGUCCAGACAAGGGGCUAUCAGUCUCCUAUUGAGUCCUGUAGUACGAGGGAGUGGAGAGUGAGAGGGGAGGAAGGAAGUGAAGGGGGCAGAGUCACUGGGAGUGAGGAUAAGGUACUGAGGGCAGUGAGAGCAGCCACCUUACAGCACGUUCCUGAGGAGAGCUGGCUUCUUACAUGACUACUGCAGCAGCAGCAGACACAUCCUCCUAACACAUACCGGCUGCCCUGUGUAAUAACUCUCAGCCCUCUUCUCUGCAAGGAAGAGCCCCGGCUGGGACCCACUCCCCUGGCCAUGCUGGCCGCCACCUGUAACAAGAUCGGCAGCCCCAGCCCGUCCCCGUCCUCCCUGUCGGACAGCUCCGGCUCCUUCGGGAAAGGAUUCCACCCCUGGAAACGCUCAUCGUCCGCCUCCUCCUCCGGCAGCUGCACCCUGGGCUCCGGCUCCCUCUCCGGCUUCGGCGGCUCCUCACACCGGGUUGGCUCGUCUUCCUCCAGCGCAGCGGCGGCGGCAGCAGCUGCAGCCGCUGCGGCGGCCGCUGCCCUGGUCUCGGACUCGUUCAGCUGCGGGGGCUCCCCGGGAUCCAGCGCCUUCUCCCUGACCUCCUCCGGAGGGGGCGGUGGAGGGGGCGGCGGCGGCGGGUCGGUCUCUGCAGCCUCUCCUUUCGCUAACGAGUACUCGGUGUUCCCGGUGAGCGGGGGAUCCCAGGAGGCGGCGGCAGCGGCUGCAGCAGCAGCGGCCGCCGCCUCCCACCACCAGCCGGUCUUCCUGUCCAAGGUGCACGCCUCGGUGGACGGGCUGCAGAGCAUCUACCCCCGGGUGGGCAUGGCGCACCCCUACGAGUCCUGGUUCAAGCCAUCGCACGGCGGGGACGUCGGCGCUGCGGCCGCGGGAGGCGCCUCCAGCUGGUGGGAGGUCGGGGCCGGCUGGAUAGACGUGCAGAGCCCCGGAGCCGGAGCGGCGCUGCACCCGGGCACCCUGCAGAGCUCCCUGCACUCCCCGCUGGGCGGAUACGGCUCUGACUACACCGCCGCCGGCUUUGGACACUUCACCACCGGGGGAGGCGGAGGAGGCGGCGGCGGAGGAGCCGGGGGUGGCGGCGGCGGAGCCGGAGGGACCCCCGGGGGCCACUUGCUAAGCCCGGCAGGGCAGCACCUGAUGGAUGGAUUUAAGCCAGUCAUAGGCCCCGGGAGCUACCCUGACCCGUCCUCCUCCCCCCUCUCCGCCAGCUCCAUGCUGGCCCCCACCGGCCCACUGGGGGGCUCCCCCCGCUCCUCGGCCCGCCGCUACUCGGGAAGAGCCACCUGUGACUGCCCCAACUGCCAGGAGGCGGAGCGGCUGGGGCCCGCGGGGGCCAGCCUGCGGAGGAAGGGCCUGCACAGCUGCCACAUCCCAGGCUGCGGCAAGGUGUACGGCAAGACCUCGCACCUGAAGGCGCACCUGCGCUGGCACACCGGGGAGCGGCCCUUCGUCUGCAACUGGCUCUUCUGCGGCAAGAGGUUCACCCGCUCCGAUGAGCUGCAGCGGCACCUGCGCACCCACACCGGGGAGAAGCGCUUCGCCUGCCCGGUCUGCAACAAGCGCUUCAUGCGGAGCGACCACCUCAGCAAGCACGUCAAGACUCACAGCGCGGGGGCCGGCGGCGGACCGGGCAGCGGGGGCCCGGGCAGCGGGGGCAAGAAGGGCAGCGACACCGACAGUGAGCACAGCCCUUCGGCCAGCCCGCACUGCCAUUCCCCAGAGCUGCUGCACCCCACGGACAGGAACGGUCUAGAGUGAGAGCUAUGGACCCUCUACCCCCUCCCCUCAAACUAUCCUGCAAUACAAACUAGUACCAGUCUCUGUGCCCCCCUGCCACCCUGUAACUGAGGACAUGGACAUUGCAUUGUGCCCUGGACACUUGCAGGGUUCCCUCACACCUCAGCGCUGUUUUACUGCUGAGGACACCAUCCACCAUCACAAGGAAUUGUUUAUAAAUCCAGCCGCAAAUUACCCCCUGGAAGUGCUGGAAGAAUUGUUUCAAAGGACCCAAUACCUGGAGUUGAACUUGUGGAAAGGACCCAAUGUCAUGGGCAGAGUCCUGACUGUUUCCAGGCUUCGUGAUUCACUUUUGAAUGUAGUCUUGAAAUUAUGUUAUUAAGGGUCAUUGUUUUUAUUGUACUCUUGAAAUUUAUCAUCCAGGAUUUUAUUCCCCCCCCCCCCCCUAUCUCACCCCCACACCAUGGACAGCGAAGCUUACCCCAAGCCUAACUGCUCAGGUCCUGUUUAAUGAACUGUGUGCAAUGGAGCAACAAUUUCACCACUCAGAAACUUUUCCAAGCUGCUGCCUGUAUUAUAGUAGGUGCAACAAUGCACUGGGAUAUUUCAGAAGUAAACAGGUAACCAACUGACCAAUCCACUGGAAUCCACUAAUGAAUGUUGGUAUGUUAGUUUUCUUGCUUUACACUGAUAACUAGGAACUAUUUGUUUUGUGGGUCAGUAACCCUUUCAUGCCAACUGGUGAUUUAUCAAAAAGGUCAUAAAGAACUGAUCAGCAACUUGUAACAAGGUAAACCAGGGGGUUGUGCCAGCGUAUUCCUGUGUAGGGCAAUCCUUCUAAUCUCCCAGUGUCAACCUAUUUUACAAUGUAUCUAUAACUGAGAUUUUAUUUGUUAUAAUUGGUUUCUGUGUACUACACCUCUGGAAGAUUUAUUUCAAUCUGUUUUAACCCUCAGACCUAAACUCUGACCUUUUAAAACCCUUAUAGAAAUAUUACCCAAUUUAAUGCAAACUCUUGGCCAAAGGGUCACACUCUACAUAAAUGAUAUACCUAUAGACAGUCCUUAUAGUGGAGAAACUCACACGGGUUAACAGCAACACAAUAAGUGGGAGAGAGGGACAAGAGUACUGAAGUCGAUUUUGUAUAGUAUUUUUCUUGUAUAUUAAUUACAGUAAAUAUUUGAAAAUAUAUAGGAGUACAAAUGAGUUUCUUUUUGUCACAAAAAUACUUGCUUUCUGUCGCAGAUCACUGCAGUCUUUUUUUAUUAUAAUUCUAAUUAUUUUGUUUCUUGAAGUGUACAUCGAACAGAAAAUGCACUUUGAUGAUCUAGGUUUUGCUUGAAAUGACUUUAGAUAGAUAUGAACUGUAACUAAGCAGACACUAUUUCAUUAAUGCUGAAUGACAUUUAAUUUUCCUAAGCAUGUACUUUUGCUGGCAGUUCAGAUAUAGCUAAAAGUGAGAGUCCUUUAUUUCAGUACCAGUGGGUUGGGUACAAAAAAACCUCAUGUUUUAAAUAAAUUUGUCAGAGUGAAACUGAACUGUCGUUGGCCUGUUGUAUUUCCUACUUUAUAAAAAAAAUCACCCCAGACCUAAAUGUUUAUAGCUACUGACAACACUACAUUCAUAGUUUGCAAGUACUGCAGACUGUACUCCUUGUUGUAAUGUUGAAAUAAUUUGAAUAUUUCACAUUGAAAUGGAAAAAAAAACUUUCACUGGGACGUUUUAGAUUGCAUUAUAAAUGCAUGAGAUGUAUUUGAUUUUAUUUGUAAUAUUUUAAA